GAAGUUUGAGAUGGGAGAAACAACCCUAAACUUCCCCUCUUAACUAUUCCAUGUUCUUUGAUUUGGUGAUUGACAUAUAAAAUUUGAUCAUAUCAGUAGUAAACAUAACAUAAAAUAAUUUUACGUUUUUAUUAACAAAUGAAUCCCCCAAAGUCUUGGAUCCAGGAAGAGCAAAAAUAGCGUCAAAUCAGAUGAAGCAAACACAGAAGAAACAUAUGAAAACCAACCAAUGAAGAUCCCCCACGAGUCCAACUCCCAACAAGUCAACUCGUAGAUUCCUCAAACAAACAAUCUUCAUCAGUUCAUGCUCAUUGAUCCCACAAUAACAUCCCAAGAACAGGACUGGAGUUCCGUAGAGACCCAAAAAUGGAUUCUUGUCGUAUCACUCGAGUAGUUCUCCUCAUCAUCACUUUUCUUUCACUUUUCGUCUCACUGUCCGAGUCCAACCAGUUUUGUGAUGCUGGGAUUGGAUAUGGAGAAUCGACAUGUACAGUUGCUUCGACUUCCCCUUCAAAGAUUUUGAUAAAGGGUGGAACGGUUGUGAAUGCCCAUUAUCAAGAGGUUGCUGAUGUAUAUAUUGAGGACGGAGUCAUUGUUGCCGUGCAGAAAAAUAUUGUGGUUGGAGAUGGUGUUAAGAUCAUUGACGCCACAGGAAAGUAUGUCAUGCCAGGAGGAAUUGAUCCGCACACUCACUUAGCUAUGGAGUUCAUGGGCACUGAGACAAUUGAUGAUUUUUUCAGUGGGCAGGCUGCUGCAUUAGCCGGUGGAACCACAAUGCAUAUUGAUUUUGUCAUUCCUGUUAAAGGGAGCUUAUCAGCCGGCUUUGAAGCUUAUGUGAAAAAGGCAGAAAGAGCUGCAAUGGAUUACGGCUUCCACAUGGCAAUUACAAAAUGGGAUGAAACUGUUUCGAGAGAAAUGGAAAUCAUGGUUAAAGAGAAAGGAAUUAAUUCUUUUAAAUUUUUCCUGGCCUACAAGGGUUCUCUAAUGAUCAGCGACGAACUUCUGCUUGAGGGGUUCAAGAAAUGCAAAUCUCUUGGUGCCUUGCCCAUGGUUCACGCGGAGAAUGGUGAUGCUGUGUUUGAAGGGCAAAAGAGAAUGAUUGAACUGGGCGUUACAGGUCCUGAGGGUCAUGCCCUUUCAAGGCCACCAGCGCUAGAGGGUGAAGCAACCAGUCGAGCUAUUCGUUUGGCUGGUUUUGUGAAUACUCCUUUGUAUGUUGUUCAUGUCAUGAGCAUCGAUGCAAUGGAAGAAAUAGCUAAAGCUCGUAAAUCAGGUCAGAAAGUUAUUGGGGAGCCUGUAGUCUCAGGUUUAGUCCUGAAUGAUACCGUCCUUUGGGAUCCCGACUUUCAGACAGCAGCAAAGUUUGUCAUGAGUCCACCAAUUAGAGCACCAGGACAUGGUAAGGCUCUUCAAGCAGCUCUCUCAACCGGGGUUCUACAGCUAGUGGGAACAGAUCACUGCACCUUCAAUUCAACACAAAAAGCUCUAGGGAUAGACGACUUUCGGAAAAUUCCAAAUGGUGUCAAUGGUCUUGAGGAGAGAAUGCAUUUGGUUUGGGAUACAAUGGUGGUUUCUGGACAAAUAUCAGUAACUGAUUUUGUCAGGGUAACAAGCACUGACUGUGCCAGAAUUUUCAACAUAUAUCCAAGAAAAGGCGCGAUACUAGUCGGCUCAGAUGCGGAUAUCAUCAUAUUAAACCCCAACUCAAGCUUUCAUAUUAGUUCAAAUUCCCACCACUCUCGAUCAGAUACAAAUGUUUACGAGGGGAGAAAGGGGAAGGGAAAAGUUGAAGUAACGAUUGCUGGAGGGGAAAUUGUUUGGGAGAAUGACGAACUAAAAGCUGUUCCAGGUUCCGGCAAGUACAUAAAAAUGCCUCCUUUUAACUAUCUUUAUGAUGGGAUUGAGAAAGCAGAUGCCGAUUAUUUAUCUUCCCUACAAGCUCCAGUAAUACGUUCUGUGCGCACAGCCUGAGCUUCCGGUUGAAGUACUUCAAGGGUUAAAAUGAUGUAAGAAAACUCAUAUUGGUUGAAAAUUAUAAUAAGCUUUGAUGCAAGCAGGUGAAAGUCUUUGCUGGUGGCAGGCGAUCUUAGUACAGUCCAUCCCAUUGUUUAGAAUGUACAUGAAGCACUUGGUUGUUAGAGCCCAGAAUAUUUCCUUGUCUAUUUUUUCCUUUUCCCUUUUUUCAAUGGAACAAGUGUAAUUUAAUUUUUUUCUAGAUUGAAAUAGACAUAUACAGCUAAAUGUUACUUCAGAAGAACCUGCUUUAAGUUGUAAAUAUACAGGCAGUGAUGCAUAACUUUUUUCUCCAUUUUCCUCUUACAUUAAAAGUAAAGAAAAACAUUGUUUUA